AUGAUGUCGUACCUGAAGCAGCCGCACUUCGGGGUCAGCGGGCUGGGCCUGGAGCUGCUGCCGCCCGUGGGAUACCCCGGCACCCCCCGCAAGCAGCGCCGCGAGCGCACGACGUUCACGCGGGCGCAGCUGGACGUGCUGGAGGCGCUGUUCGCCAAAACGCGGUACCCGGACAUCUUCAUGAGAGAGGAGGUGGCGCUGAAAAUCAACCUGCCCGAGUCACGGGUACAGGUGUGGUUCAAGAACCGCCGCGCCAAGUGCCGCCAGCAGCAGUCCCAGGGCUCGGGCCCCCCCAAGCCCCGCCCCCCCCCCAAGAAGAAACCCUCCCCCCCCCGCGACCCCCCCCCGGACCCCGCCCCUCCCCCCGCCGGGCCCUUCACCCCUCCCCCCCGCCGCCCCUCCCCCCCCCGUCUCCAUCUGGAGCCCGGCCCGCGCUCUCGCCCCUCCCCCCCCGACCCCUCCCCCGGUUUCCGGGGGGGUUUCCCCCCCCCGGGGGGUUUCUCGCAGCCCUUCCCCCCCUUUUUCGGGGGGCUGGACCCUUACCUGUCGCCCCUCCCCCCGCCCCAGGUGGGCGGGCUCAGCCCCCUGGGCGGCCCCGCCCCCCCCGCCCCUCCCCCCGCGGCCGCGCUGGGGUUCGGGGGGGCCCCGGCGGCGUUCGGGGGGUUCGGGGAUUGCCUGGAGGGGGGAGGGGCGGCCUGGAAGGUGAAUUUUGGGGGAGGGGAUUGCCUGGAGUUCAAGGACCAGAGCACCUGGAAGUUCCAGGUGUUGUAG